GAUUUAGUAUACCAAUUGUUCUAGAAUGGAAUUUCUUGAUCUUUUUGUCAUAGGGGUUAAAUAAAUUUCUCUUAAAUUAUUUUCAGAUGUAUAAAUUUGAGCAUAAUACUGACAUCGACACCCCAGCUUUGGCACAACUGAUAUCAAACAUGUUAUAUUUCAAGCGAUUCUUUCCAUAUUAUAUAAGCACUAUUCUGGCUGGCUUGGACGAGAAUGGUAAAGGAUGCGUAUAUCAUUACGAUCCCAUUGGAAAUUUUGAAAAAGCAAUUUAUAAAUCUGCAGGCUCGUCUAGUGCAUUGCUGCAACCUCUGCUCGAUAAUCAGAUUGGCCGUAAAAACAUCGAGGGUGGUGUCGAAACAAAACCGUCUCUUAGUGAUGCUGUUACCAUUAUCAAAGACGUUUUUCUCUCUGCAGCAGAGCGGGACAUUCACACCGGUGACGGUGUAAAUUUAACAGUUAUAACUCCCGAUGGAAUUAAAGAAGAAGUGUUUCCAUUACGUCGUGACUGAACAUUAUUAAUUUUUUUAUGUUAAAAAUUCCAUUUAUAAAUAAAAACUUAUUUGAAAA